UUGCUUGAUUCGCACACAAACACAUAUAUAUAUAUAUAUAAAUAGGAAGCUAUGAGUAAAUCGCAUCGGGAUCUAAAGAUCGUUGUCAUCGGCGCUGGGGCAUCGGGCGUUGCUUGUGCUACGAAGCUCCUGGAUUAUGGCUUUCAGAAUGUUCUCGUCGUGGAAGCCGAGUCCCGCUUAGGCGGUCGCAUACACACAAUACCUUUCGGCGAGAAUGUGAUUGAUCUUGGAGCUCAGUGGUGUCAUGGUGAACAGGACAAUAUCGUACAUCAGCUGGCCAGCCAGAAGGACUUACUGGAGACCACCGGUCCGGUGUACGAGAACUAUCAAUGUGUGCGCAGCAAUCGAGAAGUAUUACCCGAUAAUGUGGCCAACAGGCUGAAAGCAAUUGUGGGUGAUUCUCUGGUCACACGUCAACUGGAGCUGCAGCACUGCAGCGGCUCCCUGGGCAGCUACCUGACCAAUAAAUUUUACGAAAUGCUACGCCGACCCGAGAAUUCCGACAUAGAUCAAGUCUUAGCUGACGAGUUCUUUGAUAACUAUCAAAAAUUCGAAAACUCUGUGGAGGCAUCUGAUAAUCUAGAGGAAGUAUCUGGUCGCGGCUAUUUGGACUAUUGGGAAUGCGAAGGCGAUAUAUUGCUCAAUUGGAAGGAUAAAGGAUUUGUGGAGCUGCUGCGUCUGCUCACGCGCAGUCGAGAGCUAGAAACGUCCACAGAUCUGGGUGUACUAGAACAACGCGUGCUAUUCAAUCGUAGUGUUAAAAAGAUCCUUUGGAAUCGGAACGAUUCUCGCGUGGAGCUGCAGUUGAGCAAUGGUGAAUGCUGUUUGGCGGAUCAUGUGAUUGUGACCGUAUCCUUGGGUGUGCUCAAGGAGCAACAUCUGCAGAUGUUUGAGCCACAGCUACCAGUGGCUAAGCAGAGAGCCAUCCAAGGCUUGGCCUUUGGCACGGUUAACAAAAUCUUUGUGGAAUUUCCGGAAGCUUUUUGGCCCGAGGAUUGGACGGGCUUUACAUUGCUGUGGCGGGAGGAGGAUUUGGCUGAUAUAAGGAAUACGCCACGUGCCUGGCUGGAGGAUGUGUUUGGCUUCUAUAGAGUCAGCUAUCAGCCGCAUGUUCUGGCUGGUUGGAUUAUCAAUGCGAGUGGCAGGCACAUGGAGUCACUGGAUCGAAAUGAAGUGGUUGCAGGCUGUUUAUAUCUGUUUCGUCGCUUUCUGCAUUGGCAUAUACCGGAGCCGGUCAGCUUUUGCACCUCCGCGUGGUAUACAAAUCCGAACUUCCGUGGCUCCUACUCGUUUCGUUCCAUGGAUACGGAACGUAUGGGCACCGGUGCUCAGGAUCUAGCGCAGCCUUUGACAGUGGUUGCCAUGUCACCUCAAUCGCCGGGCAGAAACAAAAGGCUGCCACAACAGACUCGCUGCGAUCGACCCAUUGUCCAGUUUGCCGGCGAGGCGAGCAGCGCGCAUUACUAUUCCACAGUUCAUGGAGCUGUGGAAGCCGGUUGGAGAGAAGCUGAGAGAUUGGCGGAGUUCUAUGGCCUAAAGGAAGCGACGGCCAAAUCACAGCUAUAGCAAUCGUCAGAUAUUUCAUUUGAUUGACUCUGCCUGGCUGAUUGAUGACGAUUGACUGAUUGAUAUUGAUGUCACUCUAGGCAACUCCUAUGCGACGGCCAGCUUUAUGUGCAUGCCUAAUCGAGUGACGUUUCCUGGCUGAUUGACAAUGAUUGAUCCAUGGCCACAUCGCAGCUGUAAAAUCACAAAAAGUUUCCCUAUUUUAUAAGCAACUGUGCAAUGGCUUAAAAGUAAAAACAAUCAAUUAAAUUUAACCAAACAAUAAAUACAUCCUGA